AAGGCACUCGAGCUGAUGCUCUCGGUUCCUAGCCGAGCGGCGAACAACAAGUUCCUCGAGGGUAUCGAAGGAUUCCGAGGCAACCUGCAGAAGCUUGGCCGCGUGCUCGCGCACGAGUACUUCGGCGUGCGGGACCGGGAGAACAAGAUCAAGGAGCGCUACCUGUUCCUCUUCAAGUCACGCAUCCUGAUAACGAAGGUGAAGCGCCUCUCUGACGACCGGUCGAUCUUCAUCCUGAAGGACAUCGUGCGGCUGCCGGACUGCCAGCUGCGGGAGAUCGAUACGCGUGCGUUUGAGCUGCUGCCGAAGACGAGAGGCGCCGACCCGGUCCACCUGAUCGCGUACUCGGAGGAGGCGAAACAGCGCUGGAUCUACGAGAUCGAAGAGUACGCUAGCAACGCGGUCGCGCUGCAAGAGCACACCAGCGACGAUCUGCGCAUCGACCCGACGCAGACGAACAUCGACGAGAGCAUCAUCAAGCUGCCGCAGCGCAUCGAGGCGCACAAAACGGACGAAAACAUCAAGCCGUCCGACAUCGCGGACAGCUACGUGGUGUUCAAGCACAAGACAAGCCGGGACGAGUCGCACCAGGCAUUGCAGAAGAUACAGUAUCUGCAGCAGCAGCAGCAACAACAUUUGCCGCAGCAGCUUGGUGAGGAGCAAUGUGAACCGUCCGAGGAAGAGGAACAAGAAAAACCCGCUUCCGUGCAGGAGCGAUUGGCGGCGUUCGAGGUAAAGAAGUCAGCUAAGAAGCUAGACCUGACGCACACCAAACAGGAGAGUGUGAUCGUGCAGUCGGAAACGACAUCCGCGUCGGUGUCUGUCGCGUCAUCCGUCAAGCAGGAGCAGGUACAAGAAGUGCAAGAGUCACACCGCUCUGUGGCUGUUAAGCGCCAACAAGAGGCUCAGCUGGAGAGCGUCACCAAGAGCAGCAAGGUAGUUGCAGAGAGCAAGGUUUCAUCUACUGUCACCUCAGUUUCGGCUUCAAGCGUUAGCUCAUCACAACAGGAAGCUGCGGCCGUGUUGGAGGUGACGGCUGAAACCCAACAGCAGCUCCUCGAGCAGCAGAAUAAGAUCAAACAGAUCGAAUCGAAGUACGCACAACUCAAGCAAAAACAGCUAGAACAGAAGUCGGAUAUCGUUGACGCCAAGUUCCAGAUCGUCGAGUCGAAGUUUGCAGCACUCAAGCAGAAGCAGGAACUGUUGCUACAGGAACAACAACAGCAGGUAACUAGCACCACUACUACUACUGCUGUUUCGCAACAGCAGCAACAACAACAACAGCAACAAAGCACUGUUCAGCAGAUCGAAGCGAAAUACGCUGCCCAGAAGCAGGAGGAAGCUGUUUUGAAGAUUCAGCAGAUCGAAUCUAAAUACGCAGCAAGAAAAUCAUCCCUCAGCGGAGCAUCGGGUGAGGAAUCUGUGAAAUCAAUUGAAUCCAAGCAGGCUACUUCUACGGUUCAGCAGCAACAACAGCAGCAGCAAGCGGUAACCAUCGAAACCAUCCAAGAACCGCUCACGAAGCUCCAACAGCUCGAGUCCAAGUACACGGCCCACAUCCAGCAGGCCAAGGAACUGGUCAAGGAAUCAGCUGACGCUGCAUUAGUCAACGUUGAUUCCAAGCAGGAUGUGCCGGACUCACCACAAACCGAGUCACUGUCCAGAAUCCAACAGAUCGAGUCGAAGUAUGCCGCACUCAAAGCACGCCAACAGCAACAGCUCCAAGAAAUUAAGGCCGUCGAGGUGACCACGGAAUCGAGCGUCACUGUUGCGCAGACUCAAGUUCAGCAACAAUCGCAACAACAGCAGACCACUGACGAGCCACAGUCAAAGAUCGCACAAAUUGAGGCGAAAUAUGCGUUUAAGCGACAGCAAUCGCUGAAUGCCGAUGAAAGUACGGUAAAAACGCGUACAGAGUCGAAGCUACCGGUUUCAGUGAAAAAGGAAGAACAGCAAUUACAGACAUCCACGGUGAAAGCGGAAGCUACUAGUGCUGUUGAAACGAAAGCUUCCCAACAGAAAACUGUCACUGCUAAACAAUCGGAAAAAGUUGAAACAACCCAGGAAACAACAAAGCUAGAACAGGUGAAGGUUUCUGAAGGAAAAAAAAAGAUUCCUGAGCCGAUCAAGCUAACCGAUCAGCCAAUCAAGACUUCUGGUGAUAAGAGUCCCGAUUCACCAAAGAAAUCAAAGAGACCUAAAUCUCCUAAAUCGCCAUCACCGAAGAAACAAUCCGCUCCGUUCAAGGUUGAUGAGCCGAAGAAAACUGAACCCGCAAAGGUAGCGGAAGCAGCAAAGAAGCCCGAAGACAAGGCAGCUCCAGUGACAGUGAAGCCUGUCGAACCGGCAAAGCCAUCUGAGCCAACGAAGCUUUCAAAACCCGUGGAACUAGUAAAGCCCACCGAACCGUCGAAGCCUAUCGUCGAGAUAACGAAGCCCGCUGAACCAGCUAAACCUGCUCAACCAGCAAAGCCAGUUGAGUCAGUGAAGCCAACGAAAGUAGUAGAUCCCACUAAGCCUAUCGAAGGGGCCAAAUCUACCGAACCUGCUAAAACUCCGGAACAAACUAAAGUUGCGGGAUCUGCUGUACCGAAGGAUGCAGACUCGACUCCGAAAAAACCUGUAGUACAGCCAACGCAGGAACAAGUGAAAGCUCCUGAGUCCACUAAACCGAAACAAUCGGAGGAAAUUAAACCAAAGGUCGAGGCAGCAAAACAAACUGAAACUCCCAAAGCCUCAGAACCAUCUAAAACACCUGCGGUAACGAAACCGAAGCAACCAGAAGAAAUCAAAACAACUGCGUCCGCAAAGGCACCGGAACCCACUAAGACGGAAGAACCUUCGCGCCGUCCUGACUCACCAAAAUCAUCGAAAAAAGCAUCUUCUCCGAAGAAAGCAUCUCCUCCCAAGAUAACCGAACCUAAAAAGGCUCCUGAGAAGGCUCCUGAGAAAGUAUCCGAACCGGUGAAGAAACCUGAACCUGCCACAGCACCUGAAGUAACCGAGCCGAAGAAGCAACUGGAGCCGGUGAAGAAACCUGAAACAACGAAAGCUCCUGAGGUAGCCGAGGUCAAGACGGCUCCAGCACCGGUAAAGAAGUCGGAACCAGCAAAGGUAUCCGUGGUGAAUGAACCCAAGAAGACACCAGAGCCUGUGAAGAAGCCUGACCCAAUUAAGACUCCAGAGGUAACUGAAACCAAGAAGAUUCCAGAACCAGUAAAGAAGCCCGAGCCAGCGAAGGCUCCUGUGGUAAAUGAACCGAAGAAGGCACCAGAACCAGUGAAGAAGUCUGAGCCAGCGAAGGCUGCCGUUGUAAAUGAACCAAAGAAGACAUCAGAACCGGUGAAGAAACCCGAGCCAGUAAAGACUCCCGAGGUAUCCGAGACCAAGAAGGUCUCAGAACCGGUGAAGAAGGCUGAACCAGUGAAGGUUGCUGAGAUACCUGAACCCAAGAAGAUUUCAGAACCAGUGAAGAAGCCUGAACCAGUGAAGACACCUGCCGUACCGGAACCUAAGAAGACACCAGAACCGGCGAAGAAACCUGAACCAGCAAAGGUUCCUCAACCAACCAAGAAUCCGGUGGAACUCAAGCAAACGGAAAAGAAGAUUGAAUCCGUUAAGGUGCAGGAACAAAAGACUGAAACAACGACAAUUCACAAGGCAAGUGAAACCGUCCGGAAAGUAGAGGCUGUCACGACCAAAAAAGCAGAUAGUGCUAGUGUAGCUGUACUCGACGAGCCAGAUUCGACCGUUGAGGGUGCGGUAGAGCAGAAGUCCCGCGACGAGGCGCUCAAUCGCAAGCUAGAGGAAAUAUAUGCCCGCGAGAAGGCAGCCCUAACCGAAGCGAAGCGAGUUCGCGAGCUCGAGGAGCAAGAGAUCCGAAGAAAAUUCGAGCAACGCAGCAUCCGUGAGAUCCAGCAGAUCAAGGAGACGGCCUCAGAGUUUUUGCAGCAGAUCGAAGCAACUAGAAACCUCGUGCAUUCGGUGCUCGAAACAAGUCCAAAGCUUCCGUCGACCGUACAAGCGGUGACAGGUGCCACCACCGGAGGUGAGAAUAACACCACUGGAGGAUCAUCUGGAGGAAACGAUCAAGGUGCAGAUAGUCAACCUACCGAUCAGCAAUCCCACGGCGGUGAUCAAGGCGGUUCGUCCGAACAAACCAGCGAAGAAGGCGCUGCUGGAAACGGAAACCAAGGCAACGGUGACGGUCGGGACGAGCAGAAACGCACGCCACCACCACUGCAAUUGCCCACGUUCUUUGAUCCGCCUCCUCCACCAGUCUACCAGGCGACGAUAGAGGUGUUCAUCAAAAAGGAACGUCCUCCACCACCGCCGCCACCGAAGAUCACUCGCAAGCUCGUGGUCAACACCGACGAACUCGAGCGUAAGACGCAAGCUUUCUUCGACGGCGAGAUAAACGAACCCGAUCCGGACUUUUCCAUCGCCGCCGCCCAUCGUAAGCUCAAGGGCAUCAAAAACAUCUGCAAGAAGGCAGACGAGACGGUCUUAUACGCGGAAGAUACCAUCGUAAAGGCGGAACAGGGUGAAUUCGAUAGCAUCGUCAUCCCAGAACCGGAAGAGGACAAACGUCCACGUGAGCCAGUGUACGAGUAUCAGUACACGGUUGAGGAUCCAGUGACCGGAGCCAAAGUCUGCACGGCCGAUCCGAACGUGGUGUUGAUCGAGAAGGAGCUCAGAAUGGAGGAUCAGUACGGAACGGCGCACUCGCGGUACUCUUCCUCGCGGUUGUCUUCACGCAGGAGUCACACCACUGAAGCUCAAGAGAAAGAACUAGCUGCGAUAGAGACACGCCACGAGUCCAAGAUGUCGACGAACAAUACGAAGAAAAUCCGUGUACCGACCAACAUUCGGCCACACUUCGUCAAACCAAUCCGUGGUCUCAAUGUCGAGCCGGGAGAGAAUGCCAAGUUCACUGUGCAAGUCGACGAACUGUCCAACAUGCAGUGGCUAAAGGACAACAAGCCGCUGGAUGAUAGACUGGCCGAUCGAGUUAUUACGAAGGAGAAUGACGAUCUCUCCUAUACGCUGGAGCUUCAGCACUGCCGCGAGGAGGACAGCGGUAUCUACACCGCUCGUGCCGUCAACGGUACCGAGAGUUCCUCGUGCACAGCUCAACUCAUCGUUGAAUCUCUGACGAAAGAACAACGCAAAGCGUUGGCGGAGACCAAUUCACCGGUCUUCAGCAUCCAGUUGAAGGACACCGAGGUGAUUGAGAAGACUUACCUCACCUUCAUGGUGAAGGUGAAGGGCGACCCAGCACCGAAGGUUCGAUUCUGCAAGGACGACAAGGAAAUCCUGGACACCGACAAGCGCAUGAAGAUCAAUCGCGACCACGCGGAAAGCGGCUUCUACGAGCUGAUCAUUCCGGAAGUGCACAAGGGUGACUGCGGUGUGUACUCUUGCACGGCCUGGAACAAGUUCGGUACGACCAAGACCGAGGCCCAGUUGCUCGUCGCCGACCAGCUCGAUCUGUUCUCCGAGCUCGACCACCUGGACGACAAGACGAAGUUUGUGUGGAAGAAGAACGGCAUUGCGUUCGAUCCCGAGGAGCGCUUUAAGGUGCUGAUGGCGGAUGAUUCCGACUCGCUGGCGCUUGUCUUCCAGCACGUAAAACCAGAAGAUGCUGGACUGUACACUUGUGUUGCCGCGACCUCUUCGGGUAACAUCCAGUGUAGUGCUGAACUGACGGUUCAGGGACAAGUGAACCAGCUCAUGCAGGAACCAUCCAAGCCGCACCUGGAGGUCGAGUCGAAGGAAGCGCUGGCCCGAAUCGGCGGCAAAGUACUGCUCGAGAUGAAGGUCAAGGGCUAUCCGAAGCCGGAGAUCGUUUGGCGCCACGAAGGUACGAUCAUCGAACCCGGUGGUCGCUACAAGUUCCUCUAUGAGGACGCCGAGUCUAUGUCGCUCGUCAUCAAGGACGUUCAGCCGUCGGAUGCGGGCGCCUACUCGAUCGUGGCCCAAAACGAGCUCGGCGAAGACUCCACGUUCAUUAAUCUGAUCGUGAAGACGCCUCCCACCAUCACCAAACCGCACGAUAUGGCUGCGAUGGUGAAAGAACAGUACAAGAUGUCGAUCGAGGUGAACGCCGUUCCAGCGGCCACUGUGCGCUUCUUCCGCAAUGGCAAGGAAAUUCGUGAGGACGAUCGUAUCAAGUUCCUCACUGCUGAAAGCUAUUACAUCAUCAAGUUCAACCACACUGAACUGGAGGAUGCUGGCAACUAUUCGAUCAUUGCAACGAACGAAAUCAGCCAGGCGUCCGAAUUCUGGGAAUUCACCAUCAACUCGCCACCACGAACUACUCUACAUCUUGAGGAUCAAACGGUUGUCAACGAGAAGGAGGACAUCGAGCUGGUCGUGAAGGCGGACAGCAACCCGGCCCCGAUCGUGCGUUGGUACAAGGAUGGUAAGGAGGUAGUUGCCGAUGGUAAGCGAAUCCUCAUCAUCGCCGAAGACGGUCGUUUCGUGCUGAAGAUCCAUGCCGCAAACCGCGAUGACACGGCUCUCUACACUGCUGAUAUCAUCAACGAUUUUGGAACGGUAACGGAGAAGUCGCAAGUCUGUGUAACCACCAAGGCGAAGGUUCGUGAACAGCUUACCACGGUUACCUGCAAGGAAGGCGAUUCGAACGUGAUGCUUGAGGUGAAAGCUGACGGCUACCCGCGCCCGAAGGUGCAAUGGUACAUCGACGACGUGGAGAUCACCGAAUCGCGCAACGAGUUCAAGUUCCAGGAGGACGGGUUGUACUACCAGCUCAUCCUGAAGGAAGCGAAGGCCGAGCUGCAAGGCACGUACAAGGCGAAAUUCACCAACGACCUCGGUUCGGACGAGACAAGCGCCAAGACAACGGUGCAGUGCUCGCCCAAGGUGCGUAAACCUCUUGUCGACACUGACGUGGACGAGAAUACGACGCUCACGCUCGAGGUGGAGAUCUACGCUGAGCCUGUUCCGGAGGUGACGUGGUUCAAAAAUGGCCAACCCAUCCAAACCGAUGCUCGUCUUACGAUCAAGCGUGAUUCGCAGCGCAUCGAGAACUACACGCUCGCACUGACGAUGGUGCGUGGAGCCGACUCCGGAGACUACGAGGUCCGUGCAGUCAAUUCCAUGGGAACCGCUACGACCAAGGGCCGAGUCGUUGUUCAAAAGGCCAUUGUAGCGAGUCCCGGGGAGAAUGCCGAAGCCCAUCGUAUGAUAAGUGAGUGUAUGAAGAUUGGUCAGCACGGUGAAACGAUCAUGGUCUCGGUUUGUACCGAGGAAAGCCACGCAGCAAUUGUAACAGGACCGGACGAAUCUCACUCUGUACACCAAAUGCGCGCGACUACCGUGAUCUUUGAGGAAGAUAGCGGAUCACCGAUCGAGGUGAUGCAGAGGAUCAUCUAUCCCAACCAGCCCCAUGCCUCUGCACUGCACGUGGAAGAGAUCGAUACCAUCACAUUUACCUCGCCGGAACAAAAGCGCCAUUACCAAUCCCAGCUUUUGAGCAGUGAAGCUAGCGUUGCCACGCAUACGGUGAUCGAAGAAAUUGAGUCUGAUACCGAUUCGAAGGCAGGAAAGCUAUCUCGUGGAGUUUCGAUCACUUCCGCCUCGGAGGACGAGAUGUUGUCGCGUCAAAACAGCCGAACAGCUGUUGAAGGUGAACUUGCUAAACCGACAAACGCUACGGUCGGUGAGAGUGACGUCAAACAGGAGAACGCCUCACAGGAACAGUUCGAAACGAACCACAGCAAACCACAGGUGGUUGAUGUUACCGAUUCUCCGCGCAAGGGUAAUUUACUAGACUCCGCCGAGGCCGAGAAGCACCGUGUGAAAAAAACGGUAGAGAAAAAAGUCUCCUUCGAAGAUGAUCUUCCCCAGCAGGGCAAGUGCCUGGAAAGGCAAGAAGCUGUCACGAACGAACCAGAACAACCGGUGCCUGUUCAAGAGGAGGUCAUUGAGAAGAAGUCCGCCAACAAGAGAGCCUUGGCAAAAGAACCGAUUCUAGAUGGUUCGGUUGAUGAGAGCUCACAAAAAGCUGUUACAAAAGAGCCACAAGAAUCCUCGCGUCCCGAAGCAUCGCCGGAGAUUCUGAAGACGGACAUUGCCGACGUGACGACGUUCGACUCGCUGCCACUGAUCUGGACGGUGGAGGCCGAUGGAAUCCCACGACCGGAGGUGUCCUGGUACCACAACGACGAGCUUGUGAAGGCUAGCGAUCGCAUUCGCAUCACCGACUCAGGUACGACGUACAAGAUCGAGAAUCGUGACGUUAAGGAAGCGGACGCUGGAGAAUGGAAAGCUGUGGUGAAAAAUCGCAUCGGUGAAAAGUCUCUGCCUGCGAAACUGACUGUUAUCCCGUGCAAGGAAUACCGUCGGCCAAAAUUCAUGAAGGGUUUGGAAAGCCUCUCCGUGCACAAGAACGAACCGGUGACGCUCUCCGUCACGCUUACCUCGGAUCCGGAGCCGGAGUUCAGCUGGUUGCAGAACGGCAACGAGGUGAAGGCGGACGAUUUCAUCCAGAUGAAAACGGAAAUCAAGGAGCUGGAGUACAACCUGAAGGAGAUCACGUACACGUUGCACAUUGCUCAGGCACGACACUACGACACCGGUGACUACACCUUCCGAGCGAAGAACAAGUACGACAUCAGCGAAUCCAACGGUCGUUUGGAUGUGUUGUUGAAGCCUGAGAUUGAAAACUUCCACGACACGACGGUGUUACCGUUCACGCAGGGUGUGUUCCAGGUGCUGAUCAAGGCUAAUCCCAAGCCCAAGGUAACUUGGACGAAGGAUGGUCUUAAUCUGUGCAACAACGAUAACUGUGAUGUGAUCGCAGAUGUCGAGAAGGAGGUCUACACUUUGGUGAUCGAAUCCUGCGCUCUUGCCGAACACGGCUCCUACACGCUGACAGCGUCGAAUGCUCAGGGAGAAACUGUGGCCACUGCCAAGCUCAACGUGCAUACCGAGAAACCCAAGUUCACCUCGCCACCGGACUCUCUCACCGUGCAUGAUUGGGCCGACGUGUACAACAAGGUGUUAGUGGAGGGUGUUCCUCGUCCUGCGAUCCAGUGGCUGCAUAAUGGCACCCCGCUGGAUACUGAAGAGAUCGAUGAAGAAUCCCAGGAACCGAAAAUCAAGAUCGUUACGUCGGGCGACACCCAGGUGACGAGCGAACUGUUUAUCACCCAUUUCGGACCAGAACUACAGGGUGAAUACUCCUGUCUCGCGUCAAGCAUCGGCGGAGAAACCGAGGCCAAGUUCAACAUUCAGGUCAAGAACGAGCAGCCCGUCUUUGGAAAGGGUCUGGAACGUUCGUUGGAUCUUGAGGAAGACGAUCGUCUCGAGCUGCGUUGCAUCGUCGACGGCAGCCCACUGCCGAAGAUGACCUGGUACAAGGAUUCCAACGUUAUUACGGCUGACGAUCACGUAAAGAUCACGUAUGGACAUGAUGGCAUCUGCCGUUUGGUGAUUGAAAAUGUCAACCCAGGUGAUAGUGGUUGCUACAAGCUGGUGCUUUCGAACAAGAGUGGCGAUGUAACCACGCAAUGCGGUGUCGCCAUCACUCCAAAGCAAAAGCCCCCAGUGUUCUUGCGUUCAUUGCAAGACCACAAGCUCACCGUCGGCGACACGCUGCAUAUGGAGGCUGAAAUCGCCGGCUUCCCAAUGCCUGAGGUACGCUGGUUCAAGGAUGGCCUGCCGUUGCGUCAGACGCGUGGAAUCAACUUCAUCAACCAGCCCGAUGGACUUAUCGGAUUCAUUAUCGAUCGCGUUACGGCUGAGGAUGGUGGUAUCUACACGUGUGAAGUGAAGAACAAGAACGGUGAAGCCAAGUCCGCUUCGUUGACGGAGAUCGUGCCGAAGGGCAAGAAGCCGCAGUUCGUCAGUGAACUGAUGAACGUCAACAUUGUCGAAGGUUUCCCGGUGAAGCUGGGGGUCAAGGUGAUCGGCUAUCCAAAGCCUGAAGUUAAGUGGACCCAUAAUGGCACUCUCGUGACCGGCGAUCGCUUCAAGAUCGUCGAGGAGUCGGAAGGCUAUGUAACGCUGGCGCUGGACAAAACCGUCGGCACCGAUUGUGGAGAGUAUCAAGCGAUCGCAACAAACGAGCACGGUGAAACGGUCAGUGCUGCGACGGUGACCAUCCUGCCGACGACGGAUCCAUCCGUGCCAGAAGAACCACCAAGCUUCCUGGGUGGAUUGCGUGACAUCACAGCCGACGAGGGCAAGGAGCUCACGUUCUCGGCCCGGUUUGCCGGCAAUCCCGCCCCAGAAGUCAUUUGGACGAAGGAUGGCGAACCUCUGCAACCCACUGGCCGCGUUACGGUCACGUGCGAUGGCAAGAGUGUUGGACUGACGAUCACUCCCGCGGAGAUGUCCGACUCGGGCGAGUACGCUUGCCUGAUGGCAAAUCCGCUCGGUGAAACGGAAACACGUGCCUCCGCCAUCGUGCGCAAGGUGUUCCAGAAGCCGAACUUUGUAUAUCCGUUCUCGGAUAUGCAACAGUUGCCUGGACUGGAGGCCAAGUUCCCGGCCAAGCUGGUCGGUGUACCACGCCCGGAGGUCCAAUGGUACAAGAACGAGACCCCCAUCCAACCUGGUGAUCGCUACAAGAUGAAGUACGAAGGCGAUUGCUGCUGCUUGUACAUCAAGGAGUGCGUACCGGAGGACACUGGUCUGUACUCGUGCACUGCAACGAACCGUGAGGGAAGCAGCACCAUCGAAGCCAAACUGGAUGUUGUCACUAGAAUUGAAAAGCGCGAUGAACCAACACCACCGUCGUUCAUGAAGAAGCUCAACGACAUGACCCUACUGGAUGGCAUGAAGGCCAAGCUUACCGUGUGCGUUGAUGGAUUCCCAAUGCCAACGGUUGAAUGGAUCCGGGAUGGACGCCGACUUGUACCAAGCGAGAAGUACCGCAUCGAGGCGGAGAAGAACGGCCUCGCUCGUCUCAUCGUGGAUGACGUGCAAGAGGAGGAUCUGGGUCGGUACAGCUGCAAGGCGGUGAACAACCUUGGAGAGGCCAUUUGCCACGCAAAUCUCAAGUUCGAACCGUCGGACUACCGACCACGUCGCCGGUACGUGAAGGGCAAGGGCAAGGAUCUCCUGCACACACCACCGUAUCCGCUUACGGAGAAGCCUAUGAUUUCGAAGUUGUCCGAUCGUCGUCUCACACUGUCCUGGCGGCCUUCGAUGACGACAGUGCCGCGUUAUCCGGUCACUUAUCAGCUUGAGAUGAUCGAGUUGCCGGAUGGAGAGUGGCAUACAACUCGCUCCGGUAUUCGAGGUUGCUCGUGUGAGGUGCGCAAUUUGGAGCCAUUCCGGGAGUACAAGUUCCGCAUCCGUGUGGAGAACUUGUACGGCGUGAGUGACCCAAGCCCGUACGUGCAGACGUACCGACAGAAGCUGGAACCGGAACCGCCUGUGUUCUAUCCAUACCUGGGACCGGGACGCGAUUUCCGUCCAGAUACGUCGUCGCACUAUCCGCGUGAUUUCGAUGUUGAGCGGCCAGGUCACCGGCAUCAAGCACAGGCGCCUGAGUUCUUGCGCCAGGAGCAACCCGUGCAGUUUGGAACGAAGAAUCACAACGUUAGCCUGUUCUGGUUCGUGUACGGCUAUCCGAAGCCUACAAUGACGUACUACUUCAAUGAUCAGAUCAUUGAGGCGGGCGGACGUUAUAGCUUUAGCUAUACGCGCAACGGACAGGCGACGUUGUUUAUCAACCGGAUGACUGAUCGGGAUGUGGGAGUGUAUGAGGCGGUGGCCACAAACGAACACGGUACCGUGCGUCAGCGCGUCUGCCUGGAGUUGGGUGAAUACCCACGAUUCCUGCAGCGUCCGGAAGAGGUGUUCAUUAUGGGACGUCGAUCGGGACGUGUCGAGGCGAAGAUCACGGGCGUGCCGUUCCCGGACAUCAAGUGGUACAAGGACUGGCAACCGAUCCACGAGUCUUCUCGUAUCAAGAUGAUCUUUUACGAGCCGGACACAUGCGUGUUGCUGCUAACGGACGCGAUCAAGAAGGACGAGGGUCUGUACUCGAUCAGCGCUCGCAAUGCGAUUGGUUCGAUCAGCUCGUCGGUGACCGUGCACGUUGAGGAUAACGAGGAAGACUACGUGUACAACGCGCACCACCGUACGCCGUACGUGCGCGCUCGCAACAAGGUGUACCAGGACUUCUACGAUCUUGGAGAUGAGAUUGGACGCGGUACGCAGGGUAUCACGUACCAUGCGACGGAUCGCUCGAAUGGUCGCAACUUUGCGGCGAAGAUCAUGUACGGCAGUCCCGAUCUUCGUCCGUUUAUGUUCAACGAAGUAGACAUCAUGAACAUACUGAACCAUCGCAAGCUGAUCCGUCUGCACGAUGCGUAUGACAUAAACCGAUCGAUCACGCUCGUCCUGGAGCUCGCGUCCGGAGGUGAGCUGGUGCGGGACAAUUUGCUCAAGUACGAUUACUACACCGAGCGGCAGAUCGCCAUCUACGUGUACCAGGUCCUGCUGGGUCUGGAGCAUAUGCACACGCGUGGCAUCGCACACAUGGGUCUGACGAUCAAGGAUCUACUGAUCGCGCACCCGGGCAGUGACAACCUGAAGAUUUGCGACUUCGGACUAGCGCGGCGCAUCGAGGAUGACAAGUUGUACACGCUCGACUACGGCAUGCCGGAGUUCAUCGCACCAGAGGUGAUCAACCGGUGCGGUGUUGGCCUCGGUCAAGACAUGUGGUGCGUCGGUAUCAUCACGUACAUCCUGCUGGGCGGUGUAAGUCCGUUCCUUGGCCGAAAUGAUCGUGAAACGCUGACCCGAAUCAAGGAAGGCAAAUGGACGUUCGUCGGUUCGGUGUGGGAGAACAUUUCGACUGAGGCACGUGACUUCAUCACUCGCCUGCUGGUGUAUGAGGAGAAGCACCGUAUGACGAUCAGGGAUGCAUUGAACCACUCCUGGUUCGAUCUCAUCUAUCGCCGAUCGUUCGAAGAGUACCAGAUUGGUACGGAUCGACUGCGUAGCUACUACUAUCAUUACCGUGACUGGUACACGAACGCAUCGUGCCGUACCUGGUACAGACGUCGUCCGUUGAUGAGCUGCUUCGAUCAUCCAUCGCGCAUGGUGUAUCCACCUGGUAUUAUCUUCACGCCCGAGGGCACGCCACCACCGAUGCAGGUCGACGAGAUCCCGCACAAGCGCAAGAAGUGGGAAGAGUACGUCUCGAAGGACAACCAUCCGGACUACGAGACGGCAUCCUUCAAGUCCGAGAGCCACUACCAGUAUGGACCGGACACGUAUCUGCUGCAGCUGCGUGAUACCACCUUCCCGUGCCGACUGCGCGAGUACAUGAAGAUCGCGAAACACCGCUCACCGAGCUUGGUGUCGGAUUCCAACUAUGAUGGAAGUUUGCCGAUCAUUCGCGAACGACGCCGCUUUACGGAUGUGAUGGAUGAGGAGAUCGACGAUGAACGUCGCAGUCGCAUCACGCGCUACGGAACCGACGAUAGUGUAACAGUGACACGCCGUCUACGCAAUGAGGUCGGUACACGUCUCGGGUCGUACCUUGAGGCGGAGGCACUGAUCGAGUGUAAGCGUGAGGGACAACCACCAUUCUUCCGCGAGAAGCCACAAACGAUCGCGAUUCGUGAGGGUGAGCCCAACCAGAUCAUCUGCUAUGCCGUUGGUGAUCCGAAGCCUUCGGUGACCUGGUUCCGCAACGAUAUGGUCAUCACCGACACCAACCGCAUCAAGGUGUUGGACGAUGUUGAUGGCCGAUCGGUGAUCCAGUUCCACCCGGCGACGCACAAUGAUGUUGGCGUGUAUAAGGCGGUGGCGAGCAAUCGCAUCGCUAAGACGGUCUCUCGCUGCCGCGUCGUGAUCGCCGUCAUUCCGGAUGCACCUGACGCACCGGAUGCUGUUGCCGUGAGUGAUACGGAGGUGUUGCUGCGCUGGAAGCAACCUCGCAGCGAUGGUAACUCGCAGGUCAUCUGUUAUAGCCUGGAGAUCAAGGAACAUGGCAAGGUCGACUGGGUGGACGUGGCGAGUAACAUUGACCACGAGUUUUACCUGGUGCACGAUCUGCGCCCGAAUGCAGGCUUCCAGUUCCGGCUGGCUGCGUACAACCGCAUUGGCUGGAGCGAUCGCGGACUGCCGACGAAGACGAUCACGACGUUGGAUCCUGGUGCGCCCAAGAUUCAGAUCACGCGUGCCAUGAAACACCUGCAGCAGCUGACCGAGUCUGGCCAGCAGGUCGGUCCUGAGGAGCGCACCAGCCGACUGGACUACAGCUACGAAAAGACACCGCUGAAGUGGAGCAUCGAAGGCAACUACAACGAGAAGUACACCUUUAUGUCGGAGAUGUCGCGAGGUCGCUUCUCGAUCGUGGUGAAGGGCUUAGAGAAGGCCACGGACAAGAUCGUGGUCGCGAAGAUCUUCGAGCUUGGGGAUGAACGUGCGGCUGAGGCUGUCGAGCGUGAGUUUGAUGUACUGCGCACUCUGCGUCAUGAACGCAUCGCUUCGUUGCUGGCGGCCUUCCGUCCCAAGAACACCUCAAUUGCGGCCCUCGUCAUGGAGAAGCUGCAGGGUGCGGACGUACUGACGUACUUGAGCAGCCGCUCGGAGUACAGCGAGCAGAUCGUGGCCACCAUCAUCAACCAGGUGCUGGAUGGUCUGCAGUACCUGCACUGGCGUGGUGUUUGCCACCUCGACCUGCAGCCGGACAACAUCGUUAUGGCGUCAGUGCGUCAGGUUAACAUCAAGCUGGUGGACUUUGGAUCAGCGCAGUACGUCUCCAAGUUGGGCACCAACGUCACUCGCUCGGGCUGGUUGGACUUUAUGCCACCGGAGGUCCUGAAUGACGAACCGGCACUACCGCAGACGGACAUCUGGACGGUCGGUUGCUUGACGUAUCUGUUCCUGUCGGCUACCAGUCCCUUCCGUGGACAGGACGAGGCAGAAACUCGCGCUAAUAUCAGUUUCGUGCGUUAUCGGUUCGAAAACCUGUUCAAGGAAGUUACCGCCGAAGCUACUCGCUUCCUGAUGCUGAUCUUCAAGCGUGCUCCAAACAAACGUCCAACGGUGGAGGAGUGCUUCGAUCAUCGCUGGCUGGUACACACCGAUUUCAUGACGAAGAAACGCGAGAGAGCAAUCUUCCCAGGAAAUCGCUUGAAGCAAAUUUCCGACGAAUAUCAUACGAUGAAAACGAACGAAGCCACCAAGUCGGAGACCAUCUCCAACUUCGGUGGUCAAUCACCGCGCCAGCUGCUGCGGUCGAACAGCAUCCAGGAGGAGCUGCUGACGACUUUCUAGAUCCGUUUCCUUUAAUUUUUCCCUUCGCACUAGGUUUCCCCUUUUAGCAAACAGAUUUUCGCUACCCUUUCGUUGCUAUUUCUUUAACGUGUAAAUAGCAUUAGCACAUGGUAGAAGGCGCCUUUCGGUGGCAUUAGUUUUUCGAUAGCUUCUGUUGCCGAAACGCCUAUCCUCUGUUAUCGCAGCUCCCAUCCUUUCCUAUCGUUGGGCAGGCUUGCGGCUUCUUACCGUGCGUUUGGGCUUCUUCGAUGUUUUAGUAGCUUCCGCUGUCGAGUAUCGUUUUCCCACGUUUUUCUUUGCUCGUACUGAAAAAAAAAUCUAUUCUUGAACGAAGUCGAACCGCGCAUACCGCGGAUAUCUAAAAAGAUGUUAGAACAUGUUGUAACCAAAAAAAAACAAGAUCAUCCGACCCUAACGUUCUUUAUACAAUCGCACAAGUUUAUACACGCGACACACAUUUUGCCGGUAUGUGAUGGAAGCUGGGCGCGACCGCGAAACCGGGGGAUCUUUUUUAUAUGACUUUUUUAACCGCAAAACAAACACACAAAACCACGUUUAUAUACAUCCCUAAGAAAAACCGGUUUCCGCAGGUCCGCACAGCACAGCGUUAAUAGUUGUUUAGGAAGGCUUGAAGGACAUACAAGAAAAAAUGGUUCUCCUGAGCAACACACCGGCCAGCAUCGCUGCCGGAUCGUGCAGGGAAGAGUGUAACUUAUUUAUUGUAUAUUGUAUAUUUACUUAUUACUGCUUAGUGAUAUAAAUUACAUUGCUUCAUCGCGUACUUUCUGAUCGGUUUCAAAUAUUCUUAUUUUCCACACAUGAACGACUGCGAGUACGUUCAACGUGGCUUCGGUAUAACGAUUGGAUUAAUAAAAAUUGUUUAUUUUUGUUUUUUGUUCAAAACUG